UGUCGAGGAAAUGGUUGCAGAAACUUCACCUGUUCACUACGAACACGCUGGCAGAAUACAACAUGACAGGUGAUUGCAUUUCUCACCUGUCAGAGGUAUUACAGCUACACCUGGAUGGUAUACGCAUCAGACUCGGAGGGACACACGUAACAUAGGUACUUGCCAUGGCAUGUGCAGAAGAUGGGGUAUCUUUGGAUACCAUUGUGGACAUCCUCAGGUGUAUUUGGCACUGUCCCGAAGAUCAUGCAAUCAAAAAACUCAGACAACACCCAAAAGUUCUAAAGGAACCCUUUGGAUUCGAGUAUCUAAAAGAUGACAAAGUGUGUGUUUGUCAUCACAUCUUGGAGAGACUACAGCACAAUGGUCACAUCUUCCACGUCAAUAAAUUGUGUGACUUAAUUCUGGCUGGAUCCUGUCCCCAUGUCAGUGAAAACUCUCCAGUGGAAUGUAUCAGCAGGGCGGGGACUUACUUCAUCACGGCUGCAGCGGCCCUGGGUAAAGAGGAUGUUGUCCGAUAUCUUAUGAUCAAGGGCAGCAGUCUUGAUGCUAAAACUCAGGUCCUAAAGCUGGCUCCCAUACAUCUUGCUCUGAUGAAGAAUGAUUUGAACAUGUUAUAUUUCCUGUUAGCCCGAGAGGUGGAGGUUAAUGUUUAUUGUGAGUUUUCUGAGGGUCGUUUUUCACCAUUGAUGUUGGCUGCUCGUGAUGGAACAGAAGAAACUGUUAAUCUUCUUCUUGAUGUCCCAGACAUCCGAUUGGAUUUUCUAAAUCAGAGUGAGACUGGAGCUUUAACUUGUGCAUUACAAAACAAAAAUUCAAACAUUCUGGACAUCCUGAUCAGAGCUGGAGUCCAGGCCUCUAAAACCACUUUAGAAAAAGCAGUUCAGAUGAACAAUGCAAGUACCCUGGAGAAGAUUUUGAAGACAAAACCUCUGACAUAUUUUGAGGACGUUUGGCGGGUUCAGGCUAUUCACCAGGCAGUCAAGCAGGGUAGCAGUAAGUUGCUGAAGGUCUUAUUUGACAAGGGUUUCUCGCUGAGUCUGUCCUCUGCUGUGGAUCGUGCUGCAGUAGUGGAUACAAUGACUCGACACUACAGCCCACUUCACGUCGCAACCCUAAACAAUGAUGCAGAAAUGGUGGGUGUACUGAUCGACGGAGGAGUCAGCAUAGAUUCACACAAAAUACAGGAUUACACAGCCUACGACCUAGCAAUAGCUAUGGGAUUUGACAAAGUGAAAUCUGUGAUAGAAGCCAAGGCAGGCCAGCCGUUACACUCGUGUGUAAGAUACCAAUACGGACCCUACAAUGCUCUAUUUUACCUCAAAGGAAUUGACCGCCCAGGGAUGAUUCGACAGCUUGCUGCCAAGGGCUACGACCUAGAUGAGACUUACCAGGGCCAUACCAAACCUAUAUAUUUUGCGAUUCGUAGUGGAGACCAUGUGUCACUGAAAACACUGAUACAACUCGGGGCCAACCCUGAUCCGCAACUGCGUAAAAUUUCGCCAGGAGUUUUGGACUCUCCGUUAGCAAGUGCAGUACGAUUAGGAAAUGUAGAAGCAGUGAAAAUCCUAUUAAGUGAAAAUGUAAGGAUAAGUGACCAAUCAUUGUUCUGCUGCAAGGAUGCCAGCAUAUUCAGACUUUUAGUUGACGCUGGUGCAGAUAUCAGGAAACAUACAAAACACUGGCAGAGACUUUAUGAGCUGGCACGUCUGUGGAAAGUCCCGUCCAUUCAGAGAUUUCUGGACCAGGACUUCGAUGAGCCACAAAGCUUGUCCCUUCUGUGUAGAGAUACAAUACGAUAUCAUUUCCAUGGGAAGGCACUCAACUCGUUCCUCGAUCACCAACAUCUCCCUGGCAGCAUCAGAAGGAUGCUUACCCUGGAGGACCUUCUCAGCACAUUUUCACCAUACUACUAAAUAGUGCUGUAUUAUCUAAGGGAAAUUCUGCCAGUUUUGUCAGUUACGAGUGACUGAAAAAAAUCAACACAAAGCUAUGGUGAUGUAGGAAUGAUUUAAGGCAUUUUGUUCAUUAGAUACAUGAGAUUCUGUUUUAAUAAUAAUCAGGUUGGUGCUGUUAUUUUUAUGUUGUUAUAAAAACUGCCUAAAAGUAACUGAUACUGAUUUUUUUAGAUCAAAAUAAUGCUGGGCAUUAAAACCAAGUAAACCAUGUUAUUGACUGCUCAAAAAGUCAUUGUAUUACAGAUUUGAUUUUGUUCCUGUACUACAAGUUUUAGUUGUCUGGAUAUGUAACAACCCUGGUAUUAGCCAGUACAAUUUGUAUGCUGACACGUCUGUCUUACCAGAACAUUAAUGAUUCAAUAUGGCCUGUAAGUAGCAGAUCUGGAUCAAGACGUAAACUGAACUAGGAUUAAUUUGAUUCUUACAAAUACAUGUGUAUUCAAUUGGGCACGUAAUUAAUAGCAUGUAUAUUAGCUGCUGAAUAUUUAUUUGUGGGUAACAUUUAUAGGUUAUAUACUCUCAAGUCAGGUUUAGUUGUACAAUCAAUAUUUUUUCAUUCACACAAGAAAACCAUAUGGGCUGUCUAAAGAUUUUCACAACAUGACAGGUUGUUAGUUUUUGUAGUUAAGCAGAUUUUUUGUCUUCUUGUUUUUGUUGAUAAAUUUGACCUAACAACUGUGAUAACAUGUAUUAUUAGAUUUGAGGAACGAAAAAGCAUAUUUAAGGAUGCAUGCUAUCAGACACAGAAGAUAGUUCUGUUAGAAUUAUCUCCCUUUAUUUGUGUAAGAUUAGCAUUAUAUGCAAUUAUUCAGCAUCACCUUGACCAUCAUAGUUGUAUAGUAAUACUACUGGCUGUAAAUUACAUCAAAGGAUUGUGCUUUUUAAUCAAAUGAUGAUUACAUAGUUAUGGCACUCUCAUUGUGUUUUAUUGUCUGUUUGUAAAACUGGUAGGCUUUUCAUAAAUAGGCCAAUUAUAUAAGUAGCAAUUUGUGUUUAAAAAAGAUUAUAGAAUUCUUCUAUCAGAAUUUAUGAUAUACUCAAAAAUCAAUUAACAUUAAUUUUUGAAAAAUAUUCCCCAGGAAACAUCUGUACACCUGGAAGUGUGUUAAAGAUCCAAAUUACCAUUUUGAUUCAUGAAAGACAUUUACAGAUUGCUCAGUAUGAAACUCUUUGUUAAAAGGAGGUACAAUUUACAGAAGGGAAGCAUAUUUCCUUAGGUUAGUAAACUUUGGCUCAACGUGGAAUAGUGAAGGGAAAUUUAGUCUUACCAUGACAACAAUAUUUAACCAAGUAAAACAGUAUUUAUCAUGUAUUUUAUUUAUUAAUUGUUGGUUGCCUUGCCUUGUUUUAAGUUGUUCUUUGGAGUAUGUGUACACUUUUUUUGUAGAGUACACGUUCACCAUAGCUAAGGCAUAAUGUUUUGUUUAUUUUGUUUAAAGAAACAUGACAUUUUGAUUUUUUAUUCCAUGACGACUGGUACGCAAUGAAUGUAUAGUUCUUGUUCAAGGCUCAAAGAGUUUAUAAUUGAUAUUUAGUAAUAUAUAAUCAUAUCAGCUCAAAUGUUUAAAUUUCAAUGUAAUAUUUUAAAGAGUUUUUUUAUACAAACAAGCUGAACUUUUAGCUACAUAUUCCUGGCUACAAAGAAAACACCGCUCCAGAAUAUACAUAUAGUUUGACAUUUAAUUUGUUUUACCCUCAAGUUCACAUAUAGGUCAACAUUUAAUAUGGUAUGUGUACACUCUAAGUGCCUUUAACAAUAUGCUCAUGGCUGAAAAGUUAAAACCAAUAAGAAACAUCAUGUAAGAAAAAUGAAUCAUCUUAAUGAUUUCAAGAUGAAUGUAUUGUUUUGAUAGCCUCAGGUGAAAAAACUUCCUUGAUUCCACAAUAGGCAUCCAAGUAUAUGGAAAAAUGUAAUGACAAUCAGGAAAGUGCUAACGUUGAAAAAGCCAUGAUAAAAAGCAAUCUAUUUUCAUUAGUGCUUUAACUUGUUAGUUCUAGUAUGAAUGGGUUGUUAUUAAUGUGUUAAAUUUAUUGAAUCUCUAUAAUGUAAUUUUUAUAACAAAAUGCAUCACUGAUGUGGCCUUCUUGAUGUCUGUUUUGCUUAACACCAUUCUCAGGUACACAAGUUAACAAUAGUGUAUUGUUUUAUACAUACCUUUAUAAUCAGGUGGUUUUUUUUGUGAUAAACAAAAAAUGGAAUGAUGUUUAACAUGAUAAUGGUGAUUGAUUUUCCCACUUUUCUGUAUCAAUGCACCUAUAUCAAAGUUUAAAAAAAACACCUUUAUGUGAAAUUGUGAAUUGUGAAUUGCUUUCACUUUGCUAGAAGGUAUGGAAUGCUACAAAUGCAUAAUACAUGUUACAUGUGUUGGUGCAAUCAAUUGUUUUGUUUUGUUGGUAAUUGACGAUUGUUUUUUAAGGAAUAAUGAUGUCUUGCCUUGCAUGAUUUAUCAAUUUAUAUUUUGAAACUGUCUCACAGAUAUUUUGCACAUGAUUUUUCGGUGUCAAAUAAAAAGUUGUUUUCAUUAUUAGCAAUUAAUUUUUGUGUCCAUUUGAUUUCUGAAUCUUCCAAAUAGAAUCUUUUAUAUAGAGGAUACAUUAACCAUUAUUAACUCUGACCAGGCAAUGAAACAGAUCUUCAGCCUGCAUUUUGAAAUAAAGAUUGGAGCCUGUUCCCUGAUAUGGAGUAACUUAGAGAAAAAUGAUAUCUCUUAAUAGACAGGUUGUUAUUUUAUAGAAAAAUCACUAUUUCAGAAAUUUAAUAUAGGCAGGAGAUCUUUGUAGAAAUAAAAAGAAAGGGGUUCCUUAUUUACAGGUAGGCAAUAUAAAAUAUUAGACAGAUGGUCCUUAUUGACAGGUGAUCUUCAUAGAAAUUAAAGGACAGAUGGUCCUUAUGGACAGGUGAUAGAUGGUCAUAAUUGACAGGUGACAGACAGUCCAUAUUGACAAUCAAUCAAUCGAGAGAUAGGCUGUACAUACUUCGUAUACUUCUCUCCGAGCUCGAAAUAGCCUUGAAAAAACAGAAUUCUAAUACAAUAAGAACGAAUUUAAACAGAAGCAUAAUACAUGUACUCUAUUUUAUUACAUUUCACAUUUGAUUCAAAUUAUAUUUCCCAUCCAAGUCUAAUAAAAUAUGUCGAUGACAUACUGUAUUGGUACAUACUAAAUGUCCAACCCAAGUACAAUAAAAAGUGUUAUAUGGUGACAUGCUGCAUAGUGUGUUUUUUCACUUGUAGUAUAUUUCAUGAUUUUGACAAUUAUAUGAGUCUGACAGCAAACUCAACAUGAUGAACAUUUUUAGUCGAGUGACACUACCUUAUAAUCUCAAAAGUGCCCAUUCAAUACUUGUGAAAGGAAGUCUUUUCCACAUAGAGUAAAAUGUCUCCAAAUGUUAUUUAACCCUUUCACCCCUAAGUAACUUAAGGAGACUA